AUGCAUUGUGGGCCUCCCGACAUGGUCUGCGAGACGAAGAUCGUGGCCGCCGAGGACCAUGAGGCGCUGCCGGGGGCCAAAAAGGACGCGCUGCUCGCCGCCGCCGGCGCCAUGUGGCCCCCGCUGCCAGCCGCGCCCGGGCCGGCCGCCGCGCCCCCCGCACCCCCACCUGCCCCGGUGGCUCAGCCUCGCGGCGGGGCGGGGGGCGCGGGGCCGCCUGGGGGGCGCGGCCUGUGCAUCCGCGAGUUCCGUGCGACCGAGCAGGAGGCGGCGCGCCGCAUCUUCUACGACGGCAUCAUGGAGCGCAUCCCUAACACGGCCUUCCGCGGCCUGCGGCAGCAUCCGCGCGCGCAGCUGCUCUACGCCCUGCUGGCGGCGCUGUGCUUCGCCGUGAGCCGCUCGCUGCUGCUGACGUGCCUGGUGCCGGCCGCACUGCUGGGCCUGCGCUACUACUAUAGCCGCAAGGUGAUCCGUGCCUACCUGGAGUGCGCGCUGCACACGGACAUGGCGGACAUCGAGCAGUACUACAUGAAGCCGCCUGGCUCCUGCUUCUGGGUGGCCGUGCUGGAUGGCAACGUGGUGGGCAUUGUGGCCGCACGGGCUCACGAGGAGGACAACACGGUGGAGCUGCUGCGGAUGUCUGUGGACUCGCGUUUCCGCGGCAAGGGCAUCGCCAAGGCGCUGGGCCGGAAGGUGCUGGAGUUCGCCGUGGUGCACAACUACUCCGCGGUGGUGCUGGGCACGACGGCCGUCAAGGUGGCCGCCCACAAGCUCUACGAGUCGCUGGGCUUCAGACACAUGGGCGCCAGUGACCACUACGUGCUGCCUGGCAUGACCCUCUCGCUGGCCGAGCGCCUCUUCUUCCAGGUCCGUUACCACCGCUACCGCCUGCAGCUGCGCGAGGAGUGACCGCCAGCGCUCACCCGCCCGCCACCCCGGCCGCCCUGUCCGCCUGUGCCCGCCUGCCCGCCGCCCGGCGCGGCCUCUGCUUUUAGACGCUCACCUGGCGUUUGGGUUGGGUUUUCCCUUUUCAACAUUCUGCGGUUGUCUGGCUGGUUCUGGGGGGUGCGGGGCUGUUGCUCUUCCGCGACACUGGUGGGGGUGGGUUGUUUGUCGCCACAGCCCCUCGCCCUUCCCCACCUGCCCGGGCGGCUUGCCACAUGAAGAGUGGCAUCUUGGACCACCGCAGUUGUCCACGACACUGCCCUGCCCGCCGCCACUGGGGAAGGCCCAGCCUCGCUCACCAAGCACAGAACCUCGCAACAGAGCCCGGGGCCAGGCUCCGGCCCCGCCUGCGGCCCCAGCGCCACUGCCCGUGGAGGCCCGAGCUGGCCAUGGCGCUGCUUUGCUCCGCGCAUGCCGAGGGUGUGGCCCGGCUGAGCAUGCCGCAUGCACACAGCCCCGCCCUGCCGCCCUGCCCGGAGACCCGGGCUGGUGAGCACCCCUGUCCCCGGUCCCGAGCUGGCCAUGGGAGGGCCUGUCCCUGCCCCCACCCCCUGGAGGGCCUGGUCUGCCCCGCGCCGCCCGGCUCUGUCCACGCCUGCUUUGCUCUGAUGCCCUCCCUUCCUCUGGCUCCGGCCCCUCCCCUGCCUGGGCUGGGCUGGCUGGUGUCAUCACCUGGGUGGCUCCCAUGGCGUCCAUGGCACUGCCGGGGUGGGGGUCCAUGGGACCCCUCUCCCCAGUGCCCACUGGAUCACGGUGGCAUCUCCCAGAUUUCCCUGGGGACCUCCUGCCUCUGGCUGACGGUCCACCCUGUGAAUCUUACCAGCCCAGGCUGCUGUCAACAGCACCCAGCCCACAGCUUCUCCCAGCCUGAAACCAACCCAUUUUCUAAUAAGUUAUUUAGACAGAAUAGCACUCUGCAUGACUUUAAUUCUUGGGACAAAACGGUAGUUUGUACCGUAAGACACGGUUUCUGGCCCAGUGUGAUGGGGGUGGGUGGCCGGGUGGGUGGAGCGUUUUGCUGUUGGAGACCUGGAGGGAAACCCUGACUGGGCGUCAUUUCCCACCAUGGAGCACACCUCCCAGCCCUGGCCUGCAGGGUGGGCAGGGUGGGGGGCAAGGGAGUCUGCAGCCUCUGGGAGGAGGGGCAGGGCGCUGCCUUGGGCUGGGAAGAGGGUUGGCCACCUCGGCUCCUGCUGGCCAUGCUCCUUGUCUCUCCUUCCUGAGGUCAUAGGCAGGGGCUGCCCUGGGUGGGGAGGUGGCCUGGAAGGGGAGACAGAGGAGGAGGGUGACACAGGUCGCACAUCCAGCCUAGAGGUGGACCUGGCUUUGGUGGCAGGAGAAGAAGAAACACUUGCCCAGACCCCUUUGUGUGGGGAAUUGGGGAGGGGGUGUGGCAGGCAGGUGGGCCACGGAACUGGGUCCUAGGCACCAAAGCCACGUGCAGGGCCACUGAGGGAUGCUCCUCACGAGGCUUCAGAAGCGAGCGAGGGGACGGAGAAGCCCCGCGUCCGAGGGCCUUUUGUCCCGUUAGCAAUUGAGGUGUGCAGAGCACUGUACAGACCCCACUCCCCUGUACAUUCCUCCCUGGAGGUGCCCGGUCCCUGCUCGGGGAUGGGAGUUUUGUAGACUGUACAGAAAUCGGCACCCUAUUUUCUUGCAGCUCAGAUUUUGUUAAUCUGGAAUAUACAGACAGACGUAAAGUGUUUUAGCAAAA